AUGAACAUUGAAGCCUAUUUUGAAAGAAUUGGUUAUAAGAACUGGCAGAACAAAUUGGACUUGCAAACAUUAACUGACAUUUUUCAGCACCAGAUCCGAGCCAUUCCCUUCGAAAACCUUAACAUCCAUUGUGGGGAAGCCACAGAAUUGAGCCUGGAGGCCAUUUUUGAUCAAGUUGUGAGAAAAAAGAGGGGUGGCUGGUGUCUCCAGCUAAAUUAUUUGCUAUACUGGGCUCUGAGCACAAUUGGUUUUAAGACUACACUAUUGGGAGGAUGUGUUUACAUCGCUCCAGUCAAAAAAUAUAGUAAUGCCAUGGUCCACCUCCUGAUGAAGGUGACCAUUGAUGACCGUGACUACAUUGUUGAUGCUGGAUAUCCUGGCUCUUCCCAGACGUGGCAGCCUCUAGAGUUAAUUUCAGGAAAGGAUCAGCCCCAGGUGCCCUCCAUCUUCCGCUUAACAGAAGAGAAAGGAAUCUGGUACCUGGACCAAAUAAGAAGAGAGGAGUUCAUCCCAAAUGAAGAAUUUAUUAAUUCUGAUCUCCUGCAAAAGAAUAAAUACCAGAAAAUCUUCUCCUUUACUCUUGAACCUCGAUCACUUAAAGAUUUUGAGUCUGUGAAUGCAUACGUUCAGGAAUCUCCAACAUCUGUGUUUACAGACAAGUCAUUUUGUUCCUUGCAGACCCCAGAAGGGGUUCACUUUUUGGUGGGCUUCACCCUCACUUACAGGAGAUACAAUUAUAAGGACAAUAUGGACUUGGUAGAGUUUAAGACACUAAACGAGGAAGAAAUAGAAGAAAAUCUUAAAAAUAUCUUUAAUAUUUCCUUGGAGAAAAAGCUUGUGCCAAAAAAUGGUGACCAAUUUUUUACCAUUUAG